AUGCACCAGCUCUUCCACCUCACACAGCUGAAUCGUUUGCCAAUGCACCCCCGUCUUCGGGCGCGCCUUGCGCUGAGCGGCACUGUGGACCAGUUUGCAGACUUCACACAUCAUUUUACUGGCGCGGAGAGCCCGAAUUUCGACACGUUACUGGCGCUGCCUCUUUACUGGGCAGCAUUAGACCCGGCCCAUGCCGAAUCCAUUCCAACGCACCUUCAAGGUGUCGGGCCUGGCAGCGCGGAAGCUCAGGCUGCCGUUGAGCGGCUAGAGCGGGCGGUGAUAACAGCCAUAGGAAUCACGGCGAUUUUGACGCGCUACAUGGGACAAGGCCGAGUGCCUCUCGAGGCCCUGCGGGAGCUGUGGGCCCGGCUCUGGUUUUGGAUCGCGCUCAUUGACAAGCUUUGCCAUGAUAUCGAUGCUCUGGUUGUGGAGCCAGGGAAUAAAUCCCCGAUGAAGGACCGCUACGAGAUCUUCCUGGCUGCCUUGGGAAGCAUUUACCGCGAGUUUGCCGGUAACACUCCGCCCCCGACAUCGGGGAUAUGGGUUUUUGUGGGGCGGGCAUGGGCGAAGGUCAAUGAUCACGAGCUUCCUGAGGCUUUCGGAGACGUGUGCGACCUACUUGCAGGUGUACCGCCCGAUAGUAUCAGGGAUCUGGCGCUCGGGGCGGGAGGCAGCUGGAACGCGCUGGUGCGUCUCGUGAUCAUCCAAAUUGCAUUCAUCGUGAGGCACCCCGUGCCUCUCAAGCACAACCUUCUCAAGCAGCUUAUGUCGUUGAAAGCGCUUCUGCAUGGCGCUGCUGAGCACAACCCCGACUUCCAGUCCGCACUACUCGCACGAGAUCUUGCACCCGCCCUCGUGCGCACCGCCCACGCGAUUCAGACCAGCGCAGCCUCCCAGCCAUCUGCCUUGACGAUCCCGCUCCUUGACGUGUAUUUCUUCCCCGCCAUCCAACUCCUUACCCAGCCGCCCGACGUUGCCGUCCUCGCGGACGCAUGCCGUGGUCCGCUCGUCCAAAUGCUGCUCGGGCACUCACUCUUCCCCGACGAACGAGUGCGGGCAGCUGCUCUGCGGAUGAUCCUGGAAAUCCUUCCGCAGUGGACACUCUACGCGUCUAUCCUCCCCAAGUUGAACAAGUCUCUUGCUCAGGCAAAUACGCUUGCUCCUCGGGUCCUGCGACGGGCGUCCCCCGAGUUCAUAGAGGCGUGGAACAGUUUUACCGCACUGGUGACCGCGCGGAUGGAAGUCUAUACGGCCUUCCGUCAGGACGACACUCCGCGUAUGGCAGGUUGCGCUGGUUUACAGUGCUCCAAAAUUGGCCCAAUCCACGAGUUCAAACGGUGCGGAGGGUGCUUUUCUAUCUACUACUGCUCGAAGGCGUGUCAACACGAAGAUUUCCUCAAAGGGAGCCACCGUGAAGAUUGUUCUAUGUGGCGUGAGCAGUUCGAAGAAGAACACCAGCUGUUCCUCCCCAUUGACCGCCGCUUCUUCCGUGCGCUUGUCCGUAUGGACUACGCACAUCACCGCGAGUCUAUGUACGUCAAAGGGCUGCAGCGCCUUGUGCGCUCCCCGUCGCCUGAACGGCCUGGCGUCCAGGUCGCGCUGAUGUAUUCCGGUGGCAAGCUGAACUUUACGGCCCCGAGCGGUCCGGAGCCUGGGAUGGCUUUACGCUCGGAGCUCGAGCGCCGACUCUGCCAGGGCGGCGUUGAGGGGCUCGUCGCGGGUCGUCCAGUUCUGGCCGGCGGCUCGCUCGAGUCGACCUCCGUGAUGCUGCUUAUGCCCAUUCGCAGGGCAGCCGGCGCUGACGACGUACACGGCCGCCUCCGCACCAUUGCGGAUUCUAUGCGUGCGGACGGAGCGGAAGAGCCGGCGGAAAAGGAAUGCCUUAUUGCGGUGCAAAAGCUUUUAGCGGGCCCGGGAAUGCAGGAGUGGGUUAUCUGUUGA